UGUACUUUUUGACGUUUAUACGAUUCGAGGCAUCGCAAAGUUCGAUUUAUUUAAUUUGUGCACGCAAUCGUUCCUAAAAAUGAGCGUUUUCAACCGAUUUUUUGUAGUUUCAAAGCAAGUUGGAAAGAUACUUCAAAAUAAGUCGGAAAAAUUCAUCAACGCAGCGUAUAACAAUGAAAAAUUACUUCACAACACUAUUUUACUCCAUGCACCGAUGGCUAAAACCUUCAGCGCCUCAAGCAAGCAUUUUGAUUUAAUGGACUUUUUCGACGACAAGAAAAACUGGGGUCAAAAUGAAGUAAAGCACGGGCGGUCUUGGAACAAAGAUGAGCUGCGUAUCAAAUCUAAUACGGAUUUGCAUAAACUUUGGUUUGUGCUUCUCAAGGAGCGCAAUAUGCUGCUCACAAUGGAGCAUGAAUGCAACGAUAAAAUAGAAUUAUUCCCUAGCCCGGAGCGAAUUGAUAAGGUGAAUGAGUCGAUGAAAAAUUUGGAGGAUGUCGUUAGAGAGAGAAACAAGGCGUAUCAUGAACUCGAGACGGGUCAAACUGGCGAACGUCCAGGCAAACUAGUGACGAAUCAGCUUGGUUUGAGGUACUUUUACCGUAUGUCCGAGCACGUGAUUCCGAAGUUUGCCAACCGAAAAUGGAAUGAAACACGAAAAUUCGGCUACCAGGGCGUGGCAGUGCAGAAAUUCCUACGGAUGUAUCGGGAGAAGCUGUACAAUGUUAAAAGGAAACAGAGAAAUCGAGACCGCAACGAAGUUAUUGGUCUCUUAAAAAGGUUUCCAAAUAUGGAUCGAGCGGCAAUUGCGGCAAAAUAUCCUUCGGUGGACAUCGAUAAACUAUUAAAGUAUGAUAGAAUUCGCAGCAAUAUUGACACGAAUAAGUUGUAGAUACACUAAUGGGUUGCCACCAUACUACCCCCUACUAGUUAUGCCAGAAAUUCGCAAAGUCAAAGCAAAAUUCUUCACACAACCAAUGACAGUUCCUCAUGGGUUUUUACAGUAGAGCAACAGAGAGCAGGAGAUGGCGGCCAUGUUUCACUCAAACUCCGACAGAUAGCAAUGGGGUUCCCCAUAGGAGGGAAGAGCAGAAUUUGCUUCGACUUCGCGAAUCUUACUCGAUGGCCCGAAGGCGUAACUUAGGUACCUGUAUCAAAGAAUGUCUGUUUUUUUUUUCACGUUGUCGACUCUAAACUCCUUUUGUACGAUCUAAUCUUACUGGAUAGAAACACACGCUGCCAAGCAUGAUUCUCAUUCUCAUUCUCAUGAUUGUUUCAGUAGUGGCAUUUUCGAAAAAUUCGCCUGGAACCCGAAAAUAUUGUCCAUACACUAUUUUAACUACAGAGCAGUUCGCAUAGUCGCGGCCGAGCAAAAUCAAUUGAAGUUUCCCACUCCAGUGUAUCGGAUCCACGCACAUAACUGCAGACUUUAGACUGCGGUGAAAGCGUUCUUCUAAUCCAUUUGUUUGAGAGUGGUAAGCAGUGGUUCCAGUUCGAACCGUUUCGAGUCAUUUGAGCAGUUCAAAGAAGAGUUAGGGUUCGAACCUUGGUCACAUGAUUAUUAUUUCGGGAACACCGAAGCGAGAUACCCAAGUAGCAUAAAAAAGCGUUUGCCAGCGUUUCCCCCAGCAUAUCCGGUAAUGGCACGGCUGAAUCUGUCAACCAUUGUGAAUAGAUGUCGAUGACCCUUGGUAGAGAACCAACUAAAUCUAUGUUAACGUUGUUAAACCGUCCUUGAGGAGUACCAAGCUCUCCCAGGGCUAUCUCUCCAGUGGCGGUUGCUUUGAAGCGCUGACAUCUAUUGCAGGAUCGAACGAACUUAGAAACGUCUUGGUUCAUCGAUUGCCAUACGAUUUUUGAAGAUUUGAUCUUUUGACUUGACCGAAUCCAAGGAUGAGAAUAGAAAAGAUAAUAGAAAAAAAAAAUUUAGUCGAAUGUUGAAAUUCUUAAUUGAUACGACGCGAAAUCUUGUCCCAUUGUUUCGUAUUGAAAAUUGGCCCGAUCGGACUAUGGGCUUCGGAGUUAUGGCCAAAAUAUAUAUUUUUACCAGAAAAACUCUCACUCACUUUUUAGGCACUCACUCUUAGCUUUUGCUCGCAACAAGUUUCAUUCGACGCGGAAUCCUGCCCCAUUGUUUCGCAUUGAAUAUUGGCCGGAUCGCAUUGAAUAUAGGAUUCGAUUUAUUAGGCACAUAUCCUUAACCGAUUUGCUCGCAACAAGUUGCAUUCGAUUCCCAAUAAUUCGUAUUGAAAAUUGGCCCAAUCGGACUAUAGGGGAAGAGAAGACCAUCAGCUGUCAUCGAGAGAAAAAGUAGAAUCAUUGAAAUUUCCCACGGUGUGGUAUAGGCAUUGAAGUACCGUGGACCCCCGAUAAUUUGAACGGUACCUCAUUCAAAUUAACGGGGUUCAUUUUUAAUUUGAACUUCUGGUUACUCUAUAAGCAUCAGAAAAACUGGUUUCUGGCUGCUCUCUUUGCUUGUUUGUUUUGAUUCUGCGUUCCAUUUCACGAUGUUCCAUUUUUCUUCUCUCGAUUCCACGUGGUAAAUGACGUUUGAACCAUUUUUAAUUUGAACGAUGUUCAAACCAACGGGGUUCAAAUUAAAAAGUGUUCAGAUUAAAAACGGUCAUAUUACCGGGGGUCCACGGUAUAUUUUUGUUAUAAAACAAAAAUUAAGGACGUUUCUCAAAAAAAUCUUGGUUUACGGGGUUAGAAUUUUAAAAGCACACAAAAUAGGCAAUGAUAUCUCGAUUUUUAUAUAAUAACGUUCGAGAGACAUUUUAAUUCUCAUUUUUUAUAUCAUGCCAUGUCAAAUUUCCAUGGUUCUACUUUUUCUCUAAUUUUUUCCAGGUGGCAGCACUGAUGAAGGAACCUCCCCAUAGGCUCAAAAGUUAUGGUCAAAAUUUUUAUAACACACGAGAAA